AUGCCCUUUCACGCUCUUCCGCCUGAGAUUGUAUCGCACAUUGCGGACCAACUGGCGUCGAUAAAGGACCUUUACAGCCUCUUAAGAGGUAACAAAAACCUCUUUAACAUCCUCAUCGACGAUCUGUAUCAAAGAAAUAUCACAUCUGACGGAGGGUCAGCCCUUAUAUGGUACGCAGUUUGGGGGUGCGACCGUGGGAUAAGCAGAAUGCUGGAUGCAGGCGCUGACAUCAACGUCCGAUCGCCGAAUGAGGUCCAGUCGACAGCACUCAUAGAAGCUGUGUUGCAUAAGCAUACCCAUGUUGUGCGCCUUCUCCUGGGGAAUGGAGCGCUGCCAGACGCUGCCGACCUGCGCGCCCGAAGGCCAUUGUCUGUGGCGACCAGUAGCCGGACCGACAUGGCGAUCACCAAAGCUCUCCUGGAUUCCGGUGCUAGGCCGAACGCUUUGGCGUUUGAGAAGCGUUCUCCGCUGACGGAGGCAAUCCGGACUAACCAGGAAUCCAAAGUGGCAUUGCUUUUGGAGCAUGGGGCUAACCCUAAUACCUUGAGGGACAGAAAUACGCUCUUACAUGUCGCUGCUUCGAAUAACGCAGCUCCGGCGAUAAUUUGGAUGUUGAUAAAGGCUGGUGUGCCAGCGGAUUCUCAGAAUGGCUUCGGAAUGACACCACUCCAGGUAGCAACUGCCAAUUCGUGCGUACGCGCGGUGCGCGUAUUGCUACGUUAUGGUGCCGAUCCGAAUUUCAGAGGAACGCACCGGUAUAGAGAAAGACCGACUGCUCUUUUCUAUGCUGCGACAAAGCCGCGAAGCCGCAGGAAGGAUAACACAGCCAUUAUCCGGGCCCUAAUCAGCCACGGAGCCCACGUCAAUGCUGUGAACUCUGAGCAGAAGUCCCCUCUAUUAUUCGCAAUCUCGAAGGGGGCCAUCAAACAAGCGCAGACACUCCUCGAGAGCGGUUCCAACAUGAUGGCGAGAGACGCCGAGGGUAAAACAGCGCUUCACCUAGCCGCGUCGUCAUUGAGCUGUAGUCCGGAUAUGUUGAACUGGCUCGUCAGCGAAGGGGUCGACGUGAAUGGUGUUGAAGGAACGAUGAAGGAAACACCGAUUUUCAGUGCCAUCCGAAGCAGGGGACAGAUGGGGAUCGAGCGGGAAAGCAGAGAAGAAUGCGUCCAGACCCUUCUAUCGCUGGGGGCCUAUGUCAACUUUCAGAAUUUGGAAGGGUUGACGCCUAUUUCUCUUGCUGUGCGAAGAGGAUAUGUCGGAUUGGCUACUAUGCUACUUGAGUAUGGGGCUCUGGUAAACCUGAGGGACAGCCAGGGGCGGCCACCUCUGCAUCAUGUCGGGCAGGACUGUUUUGGAUAUCAGGGGCAAGAGCUAUGUUCCUUGCUCAUUGUGAACGGGGCGGACGUCAAUUCUCGAGACCAUUCGGGUUACACAGCAUUGCACAGGCUAAUUGAAAGAGGAUCUUGGGAGGCAGUCGCCGAGUUAUUGAAGGCCGGAGCCGAUAGAUGCGCCAUGACGCACGAUGGAAGAUUCCCGCAUGAUAUGGUCCCUCCGAGCCCAUGGGCAGAGACAAAGCGGUUGUUCGUUCGGUAUUAUGCUCAGUAA